CUGUAUAUAUAAGUAAUAACAUUAAAUGUAAAAAAUGAGUAUUUUUUUCCACUACUGAUAACAUUACAAACAUAAAAUAGUAAUAACUCAUUCUGAACCCAAUGCUCCUUAAACCUCUUCGUAGAAAUAUUACUUCUGAACUGUUUGUUAUGUCGGAGAGGAACAGGUUACCUACAGGAAGCGAAACUAAUUGAAAGGGAAGGACCAGGCGUACCACACACCUGCCCGUCGAAACAGACCCUACUCAAGAGAGUGCCACGAUUAGAUGAAGGGAACACUUUUAAAAUGUAUUUUUAAUUCUUCACAUAGUCAGUUUUUAUGUCAGCUUCUGGUAUACAUGCAUGCACUCUGAGAAAAUAUGAUGCUUAACUUUAAUGGAAGGGCGCGUUUUAACUUUUUGAUUUUGUGCGUAAUUUGCGUUGCAUCUCUUGGACACGGAGCAAACGUCUAUGUUUCCACUUCUCCGUCUAAACGUCCUCCUUGGAGCCCGAUGCAGGAGACUGAUCCUGAGCCCGACCCAGAUGAAAGCACCCAGGCGGUGUUUACACUGAAUUACCCCCGCAUUCAGAUCCCCUUCGAGGUUACUGUAUGGGUGCUGCUUGCGUCCUUCGCCAAAAUAGGUUUCAAUGUUUACCAUAAGAUCACGGUCUGGGUGCCAGAGUCAUGUUUGCUGAUCUCCAUCGGUCUCAUAGUCGGGGGCGUCAUGCACUCGUUGCACGAGAAGCCUCCAGCGGUGCUCACCUCCGACGCCUUUUUCCUCUAUAUGUUGCCACUCAUUGUUCUAGACUCGGGCUACUUCAUGCCCACUCGGCCCUUCUUUGAGAACUUCGGCACGGUGCUGUGGUUCGCUGUGGUCGGCACCUUGUGGAAUUCUGUCGGCAUUGGCAUCUCUCUGUUUGCCAUCUGCCAGAUCGAGGCGUUUGGUGUGCAGGACAUUACCCUGCAGGAGAACUUCCUCUUCGCCUCCAUCAUCUCAGCCGUGGAACCGGUGGCUGUUCUCACUGUGUUUGAGGACAUCAGCGUCCAUGAGCAGCUCUACAUUGUGAUAUUUGGAGAGUGCCUGUUCAACGAUGCUCUCACUGUGGUGCUCUAUAAACUUUUCAGUCAUGUAGCAGCAGUGGAGGUGGUUGAAGCCGGAUUAGUUUUUCUGAACAUAGGUCGAUUUUUUGUGGUGGGUUUAGGUGGAAUGAUUUUCGGCGUGGUGUUCGGCUUCAUGGCAGCCUUCACCACACGUUUUACAGGAAAAGUGCGAGAGAUCGAGCCUCUAAUCAUCUUCCUGUACAGCUACCUGGUCUACCUCAUAGCUGAGCUCCUUGCCGUCUCCAGCAUCAUGGCUAUUGUAGUCUGUGCCUUGACUAUGAAGUAUUACGUUGAGGAGAAUGUAUCCCAGCACUCCUGUACUACUGUUCGGCAUGUCAUUAAGAUGAUUGGAAGCAUGUCGGAAACUCUGAUCUUCUUCUUUCUGGGUGUUGUUACCAUAACAACGGAGCACGAGUGGAACUGGGGCUACAUCCUCUUUACUCUGCUGUUUGCUCUUCUUUGGAGAGUCCUUGGCAUCCUGGUCCUAACGCAGAUCAUUAACCCCUUCCGCACGAUUCCUUUCAACUUCAAGGAUCAGUUUGGUUUGGCCUAUAGCGGGCUGAGAGGAGCUGUGUCCUUUGCCUUGGCCUUCACUCUCCCAGACAGCGUUGGUCGCAAGAAGCUGUUCAUCACAGGCACGAUUGUCGUCAUCCUCUUUACAGUGUUCAUUCAGGGUAUUACUAUAAGACCCCUUCUAAAAUUAAUGAAUGUUCGUAAGACAAACAGAAACCUGGAGACCAUCAAUGUAGAGAUUCACAAAAGGUUAAUGGAGCACACUGUUGCUGGUAUAGAAGAUCUUUGUGGACAAUGGGGUCACUACUACUGGAAAGACAAGUUCAUGAAGUUUAAUAACCGGAUCAUUCGCAAGAUUUUAAUCCGUGAUAAUCGUCCCGAGUCGAGCAUUGUGUCUCUGUAUAAGAAACUGGAGCUUCAGAACGCCGUGGAGAUACUGGACCAAAUGUCCGGAGACAUCAGCGCUGCCCCCUCUUUACUUUCAAUGCAUGAAGAAAGAAAGAUUGCCUUCAAGUCCAGGAGGAAGUUCUUGUCGUCUGAUGUGACAAAUAUGCAUGAACUCUUAUCAAAGAACAUGUACAAGAUCAGACAGAGGACAGUGUCUUACACUAAUAAGCACACAUUACCCAAUGAGAUGACAGCCAGGGAGAUCCUGAUGAGACGCCACACAAGCUUACGACGCAGCUUCAGAGCUGGAAGCUUCCACGGCACUAAUGCUGCAAAAAUGUCCCAGAAGUAUUUCUCUCUGCCCACGGGCGGGAGUCUGAACUCUGGAUUUCCUCCAGCGAGGCUCGUACACACCGGAGAUGAUGAAUCGGAGCUCGACUGCCCGUCAAACAGGCGUCCACAUAGAAUGUCAUGCAAAGCAGCGAUGCCUCUCAGGCCGUUAAGCACUCUGAAGGAAGUCAAGACAGGAAGUGAACAGAAGGAGGAGCAUAGAGGCUACGGGAGGUCACACCUGGGGUCAAAGGUCAGCCGUCCUGGACUUCUGACCUCACGUCUGCCUCCUGGCUCGUCUAGAAACUAUAGUGAUGACGACUGCGAGGGUGAGGAGCAGCAAUCACGGUCGUCUCUACGUGGCUGGGUACAGGAACCGCAGCACAGCAGUGAUGUGCAGCACUCUUUGAUGAGGAGACCACGCUGACUGCCACAGAAACCAUGGGACAAAUGAGUUCACUGUAGUGCUGGGGCACUAUGACUUGUGCAGUUGAUCUCACCACUUUGCAAGAAACACAUAAACACUAAAAAGACUAGAUACUAGAAUGUACUAGAUAUACUAGUCGCAAAAUGUAAGAACUUUACACUAAAAUCUUUUUAUGACACUACAGCUAUCAGAAAUCGCAAUGUUCAGUAUAUAUUAAUGUUACAUUUUGAUGAUAUUGGAUAAAUUGGGUGCAUUUAUAUGUUUUACAGAUAAAUAAAAAAUUGCAAAGGAAACUAAAAUAUUUCUUUCCACAUUAUAAGCAAUUAAUUCAUGGGAGUUCAAUUUCUAUAUAUAUAUACACACAUAACAUUAAUUUUGUAUUAAUCUUGCUGUAAAAUAUACAUAAAUAUGAAAGUAUAAUAUAUUAUCAGAACAAUCGGUGUGAGAUAAUUUUUCUCAGGAAUGCAGUGCAUACUCUUAAAAUGAACUAUAAAAAAAUAACAACAGCAGGAUUUUGUGUAUGCUCAAGCUUCUUUUAUUAAAAUAAAGUAUUGCGUUCUUACACAAAAAUCUGUGUGAUACUUAAACAUGAACUUGGUAUUUCUGACGGUAACAAAAAACCCUACAUUUAAAAUAAUAAUUGUAAAUACAUAGAUCGAUUCAGACGAUAAUAAAAAUAAGAUAACAUUUCCCGCACAUAGACAACAAAUGUUUGGUGUCAGUAAUAUUUUAUAAUGUGGUUGUUGUGUUUUUUUUAAUAGCUCGCUUAUACACACCAAGACUGCAUUUAGUUGAUCAAAAUACAUUAAAAACAGUAAUGUUGAAUGAAAUAUUACUACAA